AUGUCCGCAUUCGGGUCGGGUUCGGCCUUCUCAUUCUCGUCACCCUCAUCCUCCACCAACAAGCCAUUCUCGUUCUCCAACAGCGUUCCCAAGCACCCCACCCCUCUCGCCAACACCUUCCUCCCUCCGUCCUCGACCUCCGCUUCAGCCACUGACAUGGUCAUGGAUGGCUUUGACGACGACGAAACAGAUGUCUACGAAGAGCACCUCGACCCUCCAGCGUUCACUCGCCAGGACAAGGCCAAGUGGAAGGCCAGCGGGAGGACGCUGCUUGCGGCGGCGGCGCGAGUCGGAGGAGGCGUCGCAGCCUGGGUGGCGAAGCAGCCGUCCAAGAAGGCCGACGAGCCGGCGAUCCUUACGGACAAGGAGCUCUCUCUAGCCGACAACAUGGUGUACAUCUCUGCUAUCAACUCCUUCCCUCCAGCAUUGGAGGAUUUCUUCUCGUCGACCUGCACCGUGUUCACCAACCUGCAGCAGAUUAUUGCAUCAGCAAUCAGACUGCCUGCGCCCGGGGCUGGAUCCGGGGUUUGGGACACCGAGGGUAACCUCGUCGCACUAGACGGUGUCCUCGGCCCGCCCGCCCCGGAGACCAUUGUCCACAUGCGCAAGAUCGUCGAGAUGUACCUACAGGACAUUGACCGGAUCCGCCAUGCCGACGACAUUGCGGACGAUACCAAGCUCACGUUUAACGACAUGUACGGCAUCUUCAACCUCGUGCGCAUACUCUACCUUCCCGCCGACGGCCGCGGACAGACGUUGUUGGGAGAGGAGCUGCUCGACUGGGUCAACCAGUCGUCACCCGCCGCCAUCAAUGACGACGGUAACGAGAUCAUGAACACGCAACAUCCAUGGAACAACCCCAUGUUUUGGCCCUUCCUCAACCGAUGCGUCCUCCGUGGCUUCUUCCCAACCGUCGCGCAGUUCCUUAACACUCUAUCCAAUCACCCGCACCCACCAAUAUCCAAGCUGGCCGCCAUCGUGUCGCAGUACGCGUCCUCUUUCCCUCGCUCUGAGAACUUUAGAGAGGACCAUGCGUUCCUCACUGAACACAAGAAGUGGCUUGUCCGCUUCCGUUCCGACGUCGACACUAUCACUGGCGGCCGGAGCCGUUCAAACUGGCUGGGCACGGACAGUCAUGGCGACCUAGAAUGGAGCGGGUGGGAGGAGAGCUUUAAGAGCUUGGUUGAGCUCAUGGAGGGCAAGGGGGACCGCGUACUGGCUGAGGCCAACGACUGGCGCGAGGCGAUCGGCGCUUGGGGAGUGCUCGUGGACGUGUGGUUGAGACGCGACGAUCUUCCCGGUGCGAUUGCCCGAGUUCUUGACGAGAUUCCGAUCGACUCGACGAUAGAGGAUGAUGUCGUCUUGUCCAAUAUCUGCCUCGGGCCCAAGGGCAUCGCGGCUGCCCUGCGCGCAUCUGGGAAUAUUGACACCUGGUUGGCAGCGCACCUCGCCGACGUGUUUGACAAGCUUGACAUGGUGCCCGACGACGACGAGUUCGACAUGUCAACGCGUGACUAUCUUCUCUUGGCCUAUGCGGACAGUAUCAUGGACAGCCCGAGCCAGUGGAAGCUGUGGCGCGUCAUAGCCGAGUAUCUCGCCACCGCGGCGGAUGAGGGUCACAGCCGGUUGCGCGAGUACAUUCUCCACGUCGCUCUUCCAUUCGGAUCCGCUCCUGGAACGGACAAGGAAGGUACAACGAUGGAGGUCGAAACCGAGGAUGACGAGGACGCAGUGGAGGAUCGCGACAUGAAGCAUUUCUUCGACUUGCAGAACACGUGCAUGAGCCUCAACUUGCACGCCGAGUGGCGUGAGAUCUGCACCAUCCUGGCCAGCCACUUCAUGCGGCGCCGAGAAUAUGGGCGCGCCGCGUCUCUCGCAACGCAAGCGCGGGAUGUGGAGAUCCUCGAGCGUAUUGCGGAGAGUAUUGUCGCGACGUACAUCACACACGGCGCCGAAGAGUACCUGAAGCAGGUUAACUCUCUGCCGGCCAGCCUCCUUAGCGACACUCCCAUGCUCCUCGAGGACGAGUUCGACGAUGAGGACGGCAGCGGACCGCUUGCGCUCUACGCGCAGCGUCUCAUUUUCCUGGCCGAGUUCCGUGAUUAUCUACUCUUCAUGGCGGAAGGCACGCGUGACAGGGCAGCGACUCGCCUCGUCAGCUUGAUUGACAGUCCGACGACGCCUGUCGCCUUCACGGCUGUGCUGCUGGCAGAGAGCGUCGAGCUACUGGAGGACGAGGAGAUCCAUUUGGGCCCUGCUGGGACAUUCGAGCUGAUGCGGACGCUCGAGGACACCCUCGGUGCCGCACGCUUCGCUCCUCACGACUACCUCCACAUGCUGUGGCAGUACCUUGAGCGUACCGAGCCGCAAAACGGCAAGGGCAAGGCAAACGACGCGACGAAGGAGGAGGAGAAGUGGGCCGCGCGGCCUCUGCGUAAGCUUGAGGUGGUGCGUCUCGCCCUCGCACGCAACCUUUCGCGUGCGAUGGUGGCGGGUUUGGAGAAGUAG